AUGGCAAACCUUGAAGAUUCUUUUCUGGCAGAUCUUGAGGAUCUAUCUGACAAUGAUAAUGAGAACCUGGAUGAAGACAAUGGGGAUGCAGAGAACAUGGAAGAAGAUGUGAAUGGAGACUUAGCUGAUAUAGAAGCCCUCAACUAUGAUGACUUAGACAGUGUCUCAAAGUUGCAAAAAACACAACGUUAUACAGACGUCAUGAAGAAAGUCGAAGAUGCCCUUGAAAAGGGGUCAGAUAUGUCAAUCCAAAACCAAGCCAUGGUUCUAGAAGAUGAUCCAGAAUACCAACUAAUAGUCGAAUGCAACACAUUAUCAGUCGACAUAGAAAACGAAAUCGUCAUAAUCCACAAUUUUAUACGCGAUAAAUACCGAUUAAAAUUUCCCGAACUCGAAUCUCUGGUUCAUCACCCGAUCGAUUACGCGCGUGUGGUCAAGAAAAUAGGAAAUGAAGUUGACCUAACCCUAGUUGACUUAGAAGGUCUUCUCCCCUCAGCCAUCAUCAUGGUUGUUUCAGUCACAGCCUCAACCACAAGCGGAAAGCCACUUCCCGAAAAUACCCUCCAAAAAACAAUCGAAGCAUGCGAUCGUGCCCUUACUUUAGAUGCUUCAAAAAAGAAAGUUCUGGAUUUUGUUGAGAGUAGAAUGGGGUACAUUGCACCGAAUCUUUCCGCCAUUGUUGGAAGUGCAGUUGCUGCAAAACUUAUGGGGACAGCUGGCGGGCUGACAUCGCUCGCAAAGAUGCCAGCUUGUAAUGUGUAG